AUGCCUGCCGACGCCGAGCAGAAAGCUAUGCAGCUGUUGGCCGACGCGGAUAAAAAACUCAAGUCGGCCCAGGGAUUUUUCGGCUCGAUGUUCAAUGCCGAAUCGAAGAUCAUCGACGCGUGCGAGCUCUACUCGAAAGCAGCCAACAGCUUCAAACUCUCAAAAAAAUGGUCGGCGGGCGGUUCUGCGUACUCGAAAAGCGCAGAGCUCCACUUCAAGGUUGGCAACAAACACGAAGCCGCGACUCUCUACACAGAAGCCUCCCACUGUUACAAGCGGACCGAGCCCCACAAAGCGAUCGAGUGUCUUCGAAAAGGCAACGAGAUCUAUACCGACAUGGGACGGUUCACCAUGGCCGCUAAGAAUCAUCAAGCGAUCGCAGAGAUCUACGAGGAGACGAUCCAGGACUUCGAAAAGUCGAUCUACCACUACGAGCAGGCUGCCGACUUCUACAAAGGCGAAGAGGCGCACAGUACGGCAAACAAGUGCCUUCUGCAAGUCGCCAAACACAGCGCGAUGUUGGAGAAGUACGAAAAAUCCAUUUUCAUCUACGAAGAGGUUGGCAGGGCCGCUGUCGACAACGCUUUGCUCAAGUCGAGCGCGAAGGAUUACUUUUUCAAGGCCGCCAUAUGUCAUCUCUGUAUCGACAGUUUGAACGCCACUCAGGCGAUCACCAAAUACUGUGAAAUGUACCCAGCGUUCCAGGACUCGCGGGAAUACAAGCUCGUCAAGACACUCGCCAACAAACUCGAGGAUCAGGACCUCGAAGGUUUCCAGAACGCGGUUGCCGACUACGAGAGCGUCACGCGCUUCGACAAAUGGAAUACGGAAAUCCUCUCGAGAAUCCGAGCCCAGCUGCAGGAGUCCGGUGACCUGUGCUAG